AUGUCUCAGGGGGCUGGCACAAUUUUGGAGAGCAGGCUGAAUGUGGAGCUCAAUGGACGCAAAGCAAGCAUUCCCCUCCGUCUUCGAGGAGGAAUGCCAGUAUUCUUCAGCCAGUCCUUUGGUGGGGGUUUCCCUGGAGGAUCUUCUUUCUUCUCGGGAGGCUUUCCUCCUGGCUUCGAAGGAUUUGCUGAUGGAGGAGGAGGAGCACCACGAGGAGGGCCUCCACAGAGCGACAACACCAAGUACUACAAGCUGCUCGGCAUCGAACGAGAUGCCUCGGAGCAGGAGAUCAAGAAAGCCUAUCGCAAAGCUGCGAUCAAAAACCAUCCAGACAAGGGAGGUGAUCCUGAGAAGUUCAAAGAGAUCUCAACUGCCUACGAGGUCUUGAGUGAUCCUGAGAAAAGGAAAAUUUAUGAUCAGCAUGGUGAAGACGCUCUCAAGGAAGGAAUGGGAGAGGCAGGCGUAGACCCAUUCGAAAUAUUCAACAAUAUUUUCGGUGGUGGCGGCGGAAGACCUCGACAGCGCAAGACGCAAGAUGUUAUGCACAAGCUUUCUGUGUCACUUGAAGAACUGUAUUGUGGGAGCACGAAGAAAAUGGCUUUGAAUCGCCACAUCGCCGAUUCGCAAGGAAGGGUGACAAAGAAGAAAGAGGUACUUGAGGUCCGCAUCGAGAGGGGAAUGGACAACGGAAGGAAGUUGGUCUUCAAGGAGAAGGCGGAUGAGAUGCCUGGUUCUAAGGCCUUCUGUCAGUCUGCUGCAAGAUCUCUUGACAAGCUUGCAGGUUGUAUCACUGGCGACGUCAUCUUGAUCAUCUCUCAGAUGCAACAUCCGAAAUUCAAACGUGGAGGGGCACAUUUGACCAUGGAGCAUGAAUUGAGCCUCAGAGAGGCGUUGUUCGGAUACGAAUUCGCCUUCACACAUCUGGACAAACGUCAGGUCAUUGUCACGUCACCCAAGGGAUGCAUUACGCAGCCAGGCUCGUGGGUGUGCGUACAAGGGGAAGGUAUGCCCAUCAAAGGCAACCAGUUCAACAAGGGCAACCUCUUCAUCCAUUUCACUGUCAAGUUUCCUAGCCCGACCGAGAUGGAGCCUGAUGUCUGGAACAAGCUUGCCGGCUUGUUGCCAGCCCCCCAGAGGCUCAAGCCCCACGAUGAAGCUGAUGAGCACGUGGCGAAACCUUGCACAGAGACGGAGAUGGCCAAGCAGAUUCGGGCUUCAGCUCAGUCGGCAUCGCAGGGAGGAGACGCAGCAACUGAGGACUCGGAAAGCGAGCACGGCCAUCCCUUCGGAGGAGGAGGCCAACAAGUGCAAUGCCAACAACAGUAG